AUGUCGCUGGCCAAGCAGCAGAAACCUGGCGAUUCAGUGGCCGAUUUCAGCGCUGCUCCGCCUGCAAAUAGUGUGGGCUACGACACGCCGCCUUCGCUGCCUGCGGAUGAUGGCGAAAGCAAGACGUCACCCCGUGAUCCCGGCACACUUGUUGUGAACGGCGAGGGUACGAACUAUAUUGACAGCGCAAAUUGGCGCGCCAUUCUCGAGGAGAUCAAUGGAGUUAAGGAAUAUAUUGAAGAUCAUGCAGAAGACUCUGACGACGACGGACUUGAAGAAGAUCCAUACAGCGAUAAUUCCCCAGCUCUAUUACUUGGAAUUGGGAGAUCUUUAAGCAAGGAAGAGUUGAUAGUCGACAUCCCACCGCGGUCGACGGUUGACCGACUUGUCUCUCGCUUCUUCAAGACCUCGGAGCCAUCCAUCGUGGCAAUCCAUGUACCGACUUUCCAGAGAGAGUACGAGCAGUUCUGGGCAAAUCCGCAGGGCAUGUCUUAUACAUGGAUCGCCUUGCUAUAUUCAAUCAUGGCCUUGUCCGUAUCUUUGUACCACCGAAACGAUGAACCUUCGCCUCUCCAUACGAUCGACUCGAUGACUGCUUGGAACAUCUUCCGGAGGAGAGCAGCUCAGUGUUUGACACAAGCCAACUACUUAAAACCCGGACAACACAAGGUUGAAGCGCUGUUCAUGUACUCAUUGUCUGAAUUUUAUCGCAACCAGGAUGCCCAAAUGGGAGUCUCGUACCUCUUUGGUAUCACGAUCAGACUUGCCAUGCGUAUGGGAUACCAUCGCGACCCAAGCCAUUUUCCGGACCUUUCUGCCAAGGACGGUGAAAUGCGUCGCCGCUCAUGGGCUCUUCUCACCCAGCUCGACACUUUGAUCUCGUUCCAGGUCGGUCUACCACGGACCAUCCAACCCUGGCUUUCUGAUACCAGACUACCAUCGAAUUUGUUUGACACAGAUUUCGACGAGAACACGGCUGUAUUGCCACAGAGUCGACCUGACGAAGAACGAACACCUUCCUCGUACACAUGUGCCAAAGCCCGCAUCCAGUACGUGUUUGGACAGAUUUCUGACUUGGCAUACUCGCGGGAGCCGGUGUCCUAUGAUGAGAUUCUGGAGAUUGAGCGUCGUCUUGACGAAUCGCAUAACAUGCUACCUUCAUUCUUCCGAUUACGCCCGAUCGGCCAAUGCAUUGCAGAUCCGUCAGAAUUGGUGAUGCGUCGGUACACCUUGGAGAUGCUCUACCAGAAAGCACGAAUCGUGUUGCAUCGUCCGUACAUUGGCGAGAGGCAAAAGCAUGAUCAUUCGCGAUCGAUUUGUUUGACAGCAGCCAAAGAAAUUCUUCGCCAUCAUGCCGAUAUUUGGAAUGAGUCUUUGCCCGGUGGUCAACUUCACGCCGAGCGCUUCUUAUUGAAUUCUUUCCAGAACACUGACUUCAUGCUUUCUUCUAUGAUUCUCUGCUUGGAGCUUUCGCAUGAUAAUGAGCGUGGACACAAUGCCCAUUUGAGUCGCCAAGAGCGGAACGAUAUCUUGGCCCUGUUGGAGACGACUCGGAAGAUUUUUGAAGAGACUCGGCGUCGGUCCGUCGAUACACAACGAGCCUUCGCCGCGUUGAGUCUCAUGCUCGGUCGAGUCAAGGGUAAUCCUCCAAAUCUCUCAUCUAGGAGCGAAAGCCAAGGUAUUCUGAUGGAAGAUCACUCACCCUUCCAACUAUUCACAAUUCCAAUUGAACAGCAACAGUACCUGGAUUAUACAUCCAAUGGCGAGAUACCGGUUGCACUCUCCAACACUGACGAUGCACUACAUUAUCCUUCUCUGGACGUGAUCGAGGAAAUGCUCAACGCCCCUGCUCACUUAGACUGGCGCUUGUAUGACAGUCGAGUGUCUGGCCUUGAAGAAACCAACCAGGACACCUUUUGGUUUUCAGCCACUCCUCCUGUGCCCCUUGAGGGUGGUUUCACGUAUCCUCCUAGUGGAAACUUAUGA